GUUUGGAAACUCCCUUAAAAUUCUCACCUGGAGCCUCUUGAGGAUUAAGCGGAGAGUAGUAUCUGAAGCCGGAGAGCACAGUCUGCAUGGACUGUUCAAGACUAAUUGCUCUCUAAAGAACAAGAGUUUCCUAAGAAAACAGGAAUAAUGUGGAAAUGCCUCACCUGAACCUUCCAGACGAGAUUCACACGGACUGUCCGAUGUAAAGGAUUUUACAGUGACGAACAAGGAAACUGAGGGAUCCAGUUUGGAAGUUACAGGCUGCACGAUGUCAUCUGGCCGUGAGUCUGUGGGGGAUCUGAUUCCUCCAGAUAUGCUGCAGGUGUUCACUGAGGACGGGCAGGGCGGCAGGGGUAAACGGGGCAAGAGACGGGCAGCGUCCUUCAGCCGUGCGUUCAAGUGGUUGAAGAGGCAGCGCAGGAAAAACCGCCGACGCGCAACAGAGAUGCGUGGAGACCUGCUCGCCACUGGAUCACCUGUAGAACUACCACAAUCUACACUUAACACAGGCCCUAAAGAGGACGCUGUGGUUGCUGUUUCUCUUCAGAAGUUCCAAGAAAAUGUGUUUGUGGAGGUUGAUCGGCCUAAAUAUGUGUUAGACCUUCAUACAGAGGCCCAGCAGGGCCUAAAACUGCAGCAGCAGGAGGAUGAUAGGAAUGGGAUUGACUACCCUGAUGACCAAAGUAUGAUAUCAACAGUAACAGCUCAGACUGAAGACAGCAUGGCCUUUAGUGAACUGAGAGGCUUUGAGUCUGAGAGCACAGCUGCUGAUUCUGUUUCGAUGCGCUCCUCCAUUUCCUCACGAUCAACACGCUCAGGGCUCAAACGCCAAGCCUCAACGUUUAGACCUUUGAAGCCAGAUAAGUCUGCAGAGAAGACCAAGACUCGUAGGAAACACAUGAGAACUGUUGUAGGAAUUCCUCGACACAUCCAGAGAGAACUGGGGUUGGACAGGGCAGCAUGGAUCACCACCAGUCCUUUUGAUGGCCAGAUGUCCAAUGGAGACGUGAUCAUCCCCGCCAUAAUUUCCACUGUGGAUGGUGCGUCUACCAGCUUUGAACGAGAAAGCUUACAAGACCAUCUACAGGGCAAAGAGAACCUGCACACAGUUAAGAAAGACAACACACUGGCAAAACCCAAAGAUGACAUCCUCCAAAGAUCUGUGAAUCAUUCUGUAGAUCCAGAAAAGUCCGGAGAAGGCACUCUUCUUGUUCCUUGGACAGAGAACCCAGCCGGUGCGGUCAUGUCCAUCUCACCGCAGGCCACAUACAUGUCUAAAAUUAUUCCAAAUGCUGUACUUCCACCAUCUGUGGAUGUUGUGGAACUCAGUCGCAGCCGAAGUCGCAGCAGUGUCCGAACCAUCAGCAAGAGCAGCCUGGUGUCAGCCAGCCCAGCAUCCACCCGUCCAUCCUCCAGAGCCUCUUCAAAAUGUUCCACAACCCGCUCAGACUAUUCUAGGUGGAGCAACUCGGGAUCGUCAGAGACACUAGUAUCCGAUUCCUCCACCAUCUCCAGCAGUAGCACUCCCCGUGUGGCCAGUAGAGGGAGUCAGGUUGAGAACACGGCUAGACUGGUCAAGCUGAACAACCAUGGUUCCCAUAUUGCGUCUAGAAAUACUCAUGUGAAUGGGGAUUCUACAGAAGAGGACGACAGCAGAAAAACGGGAUCUGGUGGUGCUUUCACACGUAACCUAUCAGUGGUUAAACGGAGCAAGAUGCCUCCAGCUCCUCCCAGCAGGUCAUACUCCUUACACGGGAAACAGACCUGGAAAAGAUCUGAAAAUUCUUCCACUCCAGAUGUAUCACCAUACCCCACUGUCAUUUCUGUAUAUGAAAUGAAGGUCACCACUCCUGAGUUAAACCCUAAGAGAAGCAUAUCUCCUUCCAAUGGACAGAAAACUACGCCAGCUGAGCUAAAUAUAUACAGAAAUAACCUUAAAAAGUCUUCCGUCACCACACCCCAUUCAUACACAAAUGGCACCAGUAAGCUUGCUGAACUGAAGAACAGCCUUCUGUCUGCAAGUUUAAUUAAUAGUAACAAUUCUUCCCCAGCUGUAAUGGCUCUCCGGUCUCUGAUUGACAUUCCUAACCAUCCCAAAGUACUGGCUCCCCCAGCUCCUCCACCAGAGACCUGGGCUCACAACCAGCGUACUUUUGAACUGCUGUGUGGGCCUGGCCCUGUUAACUAUGCACGCUGGGCUAAAAAGAGAGGUCUUAAAACUGCAGAUGAACCAGACUUGACCUCAUCAAAUGGUGACACCGCAUCAAUGUUGCAGGCAGUGGAGCUAAAAGGCAAAGUUGAAUCCUUAGCACCAGCCGCAAGUGUCACCCCAUCUCCAUCACCUCCCCCAGAGCAUUACCCACCAAUGCCAAAUAUCAGCCAAGACAAACCUCCUCCACCCCCUCCAGACUUUGUUCCUUCAUCUCCUACACUAGCCGCCAAAGCUAUAAAGGACUUGACUUCUUGGAUCCCUCCACCUCCUCUGUUUCCUCCUCCAGCGCCUCCAGUUGGCACCGUUUCUGCAACUCCUGUCACUGUGCCAAAUGAUACAGACUUCCCUCCGCCACCCCCACCAUUUUCGCCACGGUCUUUACUUACAAUGCCUCAGUUACCACCAGAUGUUCCACCACCCCCACCACAAGUUCCACCUCCACCCACACCACCUUCUGAACCACAGAAAAUCUCAUCCCCUCUGCAAGAAUCCCAAUCUUCGACACACAAUGUGUUGGUAACAUUAUCUGUAACUUCUCAACAAAUCAAUGUUCCUCCACCUCCACUACCCACUGAUGUAAGAUCGCAACAAGUGAUUGCUCCUCUUCCUCCACCAGUACCCACUGAUGUAAGAUCUCAACAAGUGACUGUUCCUCUUCCUCCUCCAGUACCCACUGAUGAAAGAUUUCAACAAGUGACUGUUCCACUUCCUCCUCCAGUACCCAUUGAUGUAAGAUCUCAACAAGUCACUGUUCCUCUUCCUCCUCCAGUACCCAUUGAUGUAAGAUCUCAACAAGUCACUGUUCCUCUUCCUCCUCCAGUACCCAUUGAUGUAAGAUCUCAACAAGUCACUGUUCCUCUUCCUCCUCCACUGCCUACUGAUGUAAGAUCUCAACAAGUCACUGUUCCUCUUCCUCCUCCACUGCCUACUGAUGUAAAAAUGGAGGACAGACUAGAUACAACAGAAACAGAGAAACGGACAAGCAGUCCCUCUCCAGCCAAAGAGGAGACCUCCGGUCCAGUGGUCACCCAGUCUCUCUUACAGAUGGUUCGUCUCAGGUCGGUAAAGUCCAAUCAGGGUCAGGCUAUAGAUCUCGCUAAAUCAUCACAACCCAAACCAAAAUCAGGUGUCAGUCAAGAGGUGCCUCCAAAACCAGUUAGACGAUCUUUGAUUAUGACAUCACUGCCCCCUGAUGUGGAAGCUCUGUCUGGUACAGAGCCAAAAACCGAAUCUCCAUCUGUCGACGUGCGCACAAACACAACAGCUGUAUCAAAUACUCAGAAAGGGUCAACUGAACCAAAGACUAUAGCAAAUAACAUUGUUCAAAAAACCCAAAACACAACACUUGAGCCAGCAUGCUCAUCAGCUUCAAGUUCAACCUCUGAACCAAGUAACACUUCAGCUCCUACUGAACCAACAACUAAACAGUCCUGCUCUGAAGCAGAACUCAAACCCCAAACACUCAAGGAACAAAUCCAAGUUGCAGCACCUGUCCCUGCUACCCUGCCGAACACAAUGGGACCAAAGGACCAAUCAAUCAAUGAGCCAAAGACUCAACUUCAGGCCCAAGAACUCAACAAGCCCCUGCAAAAUUCAGAGAAGCAAUCAAUCACUGUUGAAAUACCCUCAAAGCUGGAGGGUGAGCAGCCUAAACCCCAAACACAAACACCCACCGUCUCUUCCACGCCUCCCGUAGUGUCUUUGCCAGCCAACCCCUCCAUGCGUCUCCAGGACGCUAUUCGUCUGAAGGCUGCUGCAAUGUCUACAACAGACAACCAAGCAAAGCCAUUUGGUCUGCGCUCUCCUCUCCCAGUCGUGGGUGCUGUUCCCAACUCCCCUGCAUCUAUGGCCAGCUUCAUCUUCUCCAAGAGCCCAAAGAAGGUCGUAAUAGAGACACCGUCAUCCUUAGAGGUUCAGGCUGACCUGAGGAAGACUCUGGUGGCAGAGUUAGCAUCUGUUUCCGAUUCGGCCAAGUCUAAUGACUCACACAAGACUGCUAACAAAGUUCCUCCACCUAUUUCUAAGAAACCCAACACUAAGGUUGAGAGCGUUGUUCAGAACUCUGCAGAGGCAGAGUCUGUUGCCAAGACUGAGGAUGUGCAAAAAGAAACUGUACAAACUGCCGGACAGGGAGUACAGACAGAAAACUCUGAGAGAACAACAAAUUAAUGAACAUGUGCACAAAUGAUUUAACCUUUGAGAUUUUGCUUUUUCGCAGAUAAACCAGGCUUUAGAUCUUAGGAUCAAACUGCUUAAGCAAUUUUGAAUAUAAAAUACUAAAAAAGUCUUUAUGUACAGAUAGGCAUAUUGCACUUUUUGUACACUGGUUUAGUGUAACUGAUUCUCAUUCAUGGGAAUGCAUGUCACUGGUAUUUGGAAAUGAUAAAUAUUUUUAUUUUAUUUAUGUGUCCUCAGUUAUAGACAGAAGCCAUGCUACCUUCUAGUUUGUGGAACUCCUACCUACUGGUAGCACUGUAGAAAACAGCAGGAGAGCACCAUGAGAAUGAUGUUUGCAAGUUUGUAAAACAUAGGGUUUACCAAUCAAACUCUAAAGUGGAAUUUUAGAGGUAUUGGUGUAAAAUGAAUAUAAGAGCAUUACAAAGGAAAUGAAGGUAAAGAAUGUAAGUAAGAUAAAGAAUGAAAAGAAGCUAAACAGGAAAAAAAAAAGAAGAAGAACAGUAAGUUGGGAGCAUGGACCACUGAUUUUGGGGUGGGGAUGUGUAAUUAUUCUUUUUUCCAUCUAUGAUAUUUGCUGUGUACCAUUUUAUAAGUCUAUAUUUUACUUUUAAAACACAAAAUCAUUAUAUGUGAUUGUAAUACUAAAAUUAGCACUCCCCACCCUAAGUAUUCAAAAAUAAGAACGUAGACGAGGAAUCUGAUCAGGUGUUUGAGAAACAGAAUGUUGGAAUCAAAUGAAUGGAGUAAAAGCUGUUUUCUCACCAUUGUUACCGCAAGUAGGGUCAAGCAGGUGGUCAGAAAGUCAUGAAACCGCAUAAACAAGAGGUCUAAGGUGUAAAUCUCUGUUAAAUGAUUUCUAUUGCUUAUUUUUUAUUUUUACAGAGAAGUUCGUUAGUUUACUCUAAGUUGAUGUACAUUACAGUCUACACAGACUAUGCAAAUAAAAGGAAAUGAAUGUUUUUAA